AUGGACACCAAGGACGACAAGGAGACCGGCAGCAUCAACGAUGUCCCCGUCGACACCGAGAUAGCCGAGACGGCGCGCGUCGUCGACCACAUUGCCGAGCGCCAGCUAUGCCGCAAGUUCGACGUUCGUCUCAUGCCCGUGCUGGCAGUCAUGUACCUCUUCAAUGCGCUCGACAAGGGCAACUUGGGAAAUGCCCAGACGGUCGGACUCAGCAAUGACCUCCACUUCGCGCCUGGACAGUACAACCUCCUCGUGUCCAUCUUCUUCGUCCCCUACGUCCUCUUCGCGCCGCCCGUCGCCAUCCUCGGCAAGAAGUACGGCCCAGCGCGCGUCCUGCCGAUUCUCAUGUUCACUUUCGGCUCCAUGACUCUGCUGGCGGCCUGUGCGACCAACUUCGGUGGUAUCUUUGCCCUGCGCUUCUUCCUGGGCAUGGCCGAGUCCGGAUUCUUCCCGCUCGUCAUCUACUACCUGACGACCUUUUACCGUCGCGGCGAGCUCGCCAGACGCCUGGCAAUGUUUUACGCAGCUAGCAACAUCGCCAACGCUUUCAGUGGCUUGCUCUCCUUUGGCGUGUUCCAAAUCAAGUCCUCGCUCCUCGUCUGGCGGUACCUCUUCAUCAUCGAGGGCUCGUGCUCGGUGCUCUUCUCCAUCUUCGCGUUCUGGUACCUGCCCCGCAGCGCCGCCGAGGCCAAGUUCCUGAACGAGGAGGAGAAGGCCCUCGCGUUCCACCGCAUGCAGGUCGACUCGUCGUCCGUGGUCCAGGAGGAGUUCAGCUUCAAGGACUCGCUGCAGAUCUUCAAGCAGCCGACGACCUACGGCUUCCUGCUGAUCGAGAUCUGCCUCGGCGUGCCGCUCCAGGGUGUCUCGCUGUUCCUGCCGCAGAUUGUCCAGCGGCUGGGAUACGACCCGAUCAAGACCAACUUGUACACUGUGGCCCCUAAUGUGGGUGGUGCCGCCAUGCUUCUGAUCCUCGCCUUCAGCUCCGAUCUGCUGCGCAUCCGGUUCCCCUUCAUCAUGCUCGGCUUCGCCUUCACCUUUAUCGGCUUCAUCAUCUACGCGGCGAUCCAGGACGUGCAGGCCCAGAUCCAGCUGGCGUACUACGCGUGCUUCAUGAUGGUCUGGGGAACCUCGGCCCCCUCGGUCCUGCUGUCGACCUGGUACAACAACAACAUUGCCCACGAGGGCCGCCGCCUCGUCCUGACCAGCGUGGGCGUGCCCAUGGCCAACAUCAUGGGCCUCGUGGCGAGCAACAUCUUCCUGGACAAAGAGAAGCCCAAGUACAUGACAGCGCUCAUCACGACGGCGUGCUUCGGCGCCUGCGGCUGCCUGAUUGCGGGCCUGCUCGGCGGGUUCAUGGUGUUUGACAACGCGAGGAGGAACAGGCGCGACGGCGGCAAGAAGACCACCGCGGCGGACGUGCCGACGCAGCGGCUCAGAGACGGGCCGAGCGUGCCCGAGUUCCGCUGGUUCUUGUAA